CAUUGGUUACAAGUGGAUUGUUGCAGUCACGAAACAUGUCGAGACAGAUGGGAGAUGGCCACCGACGGUUCCUACAGUCCAUGAUGGCCAAUGGCAUCGUUGAUGAACAAGGCGCGAGGACGCUCCAUCAGUAUUGUUGUGAAACGCACAACACACAGCACGUCCCUGACAAACUGGAUGAUUUCAUUGAUGCCAUCAACUCAAAGCUGCAGCCUAUGUUCAUGCAGAUUAGAAAAGGGAUGUCUGAGGACAAUGGCAACCAGUUCUACGCCUUGGUGAACAUGGCUGAGACUGACAUCACCAGAAUGUCGUCAGAUUAUGCCGAUAAUGAGCUGGAGCUGUUUAGGAAAACGAUGGACCUGAUUGUGGGCUCUGAUAACGGCACAGCCUCUUCCACUGACAUUCUGAACAGCGCCGACACCAUGACCACCAGAAAACUGAAGAAGAGCGAGACGGAGCACCUCUUGAACCGACUUGUGCAUGACCAAUGGCUCAGCGAGAAACGGGGUGAAUACACUUUGUCCACCAGAUGUAUCAUAGAGAUGGAUCCAUACAUUCGUGCAAUGUAUCAGGAGCAAGUCAAAGUGUGCCACAUCUGUCACAAUAUCGCCUUACAGUGCCAACUUUGUGAGAAUCCUACUUGUGGAGUAAAAAUACACAACCCAUGUGUUGCCAGAUACUUCAAAGGAAGAUCAGAGCCGCGGUGUCCAGCUUGUGAUGACUUUUGGCCACAUGAAAUCCCUGAAGUCCGACGACUCCAGUCGUCCGAGUCCAGAAGAUGAGGACUUCAGCAUCCAAAGUUUUUUUUAGUUCAAACCUUUUGUUAAAGUUGUUUUGUUUGUACCAUAACUUUGUAAUAAACCAAACUGUAAAUAUA